CCCAUAUCAUGAAAACAUGGAGGAUUUUGCGUUCGAUUAAUUUGUAAACUAUGCGUAUUUGUUGGGCUUUUUGGUUGAAAAUGUUACGAUAUACAUCCCGUUGGAAUGUAGUUGUUAUUUUUUGUCUGGGGGCUAUGCUUUUUAUGUGGAACCGUUGUCAAAUCGGACGAUUUGAGAACGGUGCGUUGCCAGUUCUUGCCUCAAGUACGCGACAACACAGAGGCUUUGAAGGCGAUCUGCCCGUCGAAGAGAAAGUUGGAAAAAAGGAUGAUACUAGCGAUGAAGAAUCCGAAGAAAUUACGGACUCUUUGGUCGAAGAAAGCGACGAAAACGGUGGCGAAAAUGGCAAAAAACUAAGACAAGAAUCAAAUAAUGACGCAAUAUCUUAUAAAAAUAUAGACGUGCUAGUCAAUGGCGAAAGUAAAAUUCAAGGCCGCAUUGAAAAUAAGGAAGUUUAUGUCCCAUUUUCUUUUAUAAGAGAUUAUUUUGAAAUUGAAGGGAAAAUUGUUCGAGAUGAUUUCGGAAAGCAGUUUCAUGUGCGGCACACCAACUACGAGUAUUUCACCCCGAAGACCGACACCUAUGACCCCCAUGGUAGUUUUCUGUGGUUUUUGAACUAUAAUGUAGAGGGUCGGUCCAGGGUGAAGUGUAUAACCGGGGUAGACGAGGUUCCGAUAUCGACCCAGUGGGGUCCACAGGGGUAUAGGUAUCCCAUACAGAUUGCACAAUAUGGGUUGAGUCAUUUUAGCAUGUGGGUCGAGAGACCGAAAGGUGUUGUCAAGGUCGUGGAUGAUUGUGAGAAGACUGGUAGCCAGGAGUGGGUGGCAGAAGGAAAGGGGGCUUUUGUGAAGAAUGUGUAUAAUGCCGAGAGGAAGUCGCGGGUGAUGGAGUUUAAUACAAAUGGUAGGUAUGAACUGGUAGUAAUUUUAUACACAAGUGUUUGUUGUGGAUGACAUCACCUUGACCCUAACCCUCAUGAAGUAAAUGAAAAUUUACGCUAUCCCAUUUAGUAAAAUAACUGACAGAAUUUGUAUCAAUUUAUAAUAUCACUAGUAUGUUAUGGAGGAUAAUUUUGCUACUAACAACUGUUAAUUUCAUGGGUGGAUUUACUGGGGGGGAGGGGUUAACCUCCCCCCCCUAGAAUCUCUCUAACCCCUCAAAUAAAGUGUUCAACCCCACCAAAACUUCGCUUCAACCCUCCUAUUUGGUGUGAAAGGCUUUAACCCAAAGACUAACCCCUGCCGAAGCUCACUGAGUGGUGCCACUUGCACCCCACCAGAAAUUUUUCUACCCCUCCUUUUAAAUAAAUGAAAAUCCUCCCUUGGUUAAUUUUGUAGUUGAAUUUGACACAUGCAUUUGAUAGAUUCUUGUUGUAUAAAAAAAAAGUGUUUGCUAUGAUUGUUUGGUGAUUUUUAGUUCAGAGGUCUUGCGACUUACGUCACAAUUGUCAGAGAUACCACUCACUAGGCUGUUGACAGGCACUCAAAGACAUAAAAAAAUGUGGAUCUUUAGAUGGAAUAGUAAAUUUCCAGAAUCUACUAUUCUGGUUGUAUAGUAGAAACAAAUGUAAAUUUUGUUCCCAGGGGCGUAGCCAAGGGGGGGCAAGGGCGGGCGGUCGCCCCCCCCAAUCGCAAAAAAACUAUUCUCUGAAAAAGGCUAAAUCUGUAGAGAAAUGGGGGGGGGGGUAGACGUUACAUCCUCGAAGCUGAAACGGAUUAAGUACGUCUCGACUGAGGAAAAUGACGAAAUACUGGAAGAACUUGAUUUCUAAAAUCUCGUUAAAACAGUUGUAGAUAUGGUUCCAAGAGGAAUAGAUUUAAUUUAGAUUUACAUGUAUAUGCAUUAUGAUAACAUGAAUAUUCUUCUCAGACUUAUUCUGUAUCAUAUAUAAAAAAGAGUAGAAACUUAGAAAUGUCUGGGAAAAUUUAUGUCUUCGACGUACUUUAUAAUCUUCGGAAUUCUGCAAGAUUUCACCCCCAAAAUGCUUGAAAUCACAUUUCAGGGACUCUAAAUUUCAAAAUUUUCACGGGGGUGCAUGCCCCCGGACCUCCAUAGAUGGUCUCGCGCCUUCGGCGUUCGCUUCGCCCCCCCCCAAAAAAUGAAGGUCUGGCUACGCCACUGUUUGUUCCCUGACAUUGUUAGAAGACCUCUUCAAUAAUGGAGAAAAAUAAUAGGGGAAAAUUUCCUCAAUAUAGAACAUUGGGAUGUAUGCUAUAUACAUGUACUCAGGAACAAGGACUUUUCAUGAUUUUCAAGACCCAUGGACCCUGGCAGUUACUUCUAUCUUACAAUUUCUAUCUAAUUUCCAGGCUCUCCAGAGAACUUUGUCACCUUACCGUUUGCAAGUUCCAGUAAAACGUACGUGCUAUCCUUUGACAUUUUUUUCAAAUCAUCUGGAUCAGUUUCGAUCAAAGUGGAAGUGGGCGACACCAAAACGUACACACUUGUUUACAACACAAGCGAAACUCUCGUGGAAAUACGACAAGAUGGUGCUACCUAUGGAAUAGGUUUGACACACAAGUGCCGAAGAAUUACGAGAAACCUAUGGAUCGAUUUGAACAAAGCACUCAGAGAGAAAUUAGGCCGCAAGAAAGACACCAAGAAAAGGGCCAAGCUCCGUUUAACUGAGAUACAAAGUUUAACCUUACAAGGGGAGGGUUUUAUAGGUAAGGUAAAUAAUAGCUUUAUUGUUAUAGCAUUUUUACGAAUAUAAGUGGGUUUCAUCCAGUCAGCUCUAUAUUACAAUUCUGUAUAUAUAUGGUGCGAGAAUAUCACUAGUCAUUCGGCCUAUAAUAAAAGUGAAUUCCAAGUCACCUUAUCACAACCCACACACCUGUAAAUCUAUAUAUACAUGAACUUGCGGUCACAGUUUGACAACUGGCCUCUGUAGCUCAGUUGGUUAGAGCGCUGCACCGGAAUCGCAGGACUGCAGGUUCAACUCCCUGCCAGAGGACCCAGUGUUGCAUUUUUCGCCACCGUCCUGGUUAGGUCUUAAAUUGUGUAUAAAAAUGCUCACUUGGAUUAUCCACCAAGCAGAUAUGAAUAUACCCAAAUUUGGAGGAGAUCCAGAUACCAAAUAGGCAAAUACCUAAAAUUAAAGUCUCAACAAGAUGCCAAAUACCCCUAAUUAAACCUCCCGAUACCAUAUACGGUACAGUACCUCAAAUAAAACGCCCAAGAUACCCGUAUACCAAAAACCCCUGCCCGGGCCUGAUCUGCUGUUUCGUAAUGCUUACUAGAAACCCGCCUAUAACAGUUGGCUGUGCUAUAUAGUUGAUAGCAUUCCAACUGCUAUAAAAUAGCCCAUUCGGCAUUCUGAAUUUUGUUAACAAAAAAUCAUUUCAUGUCUAGAUAAUGUCACUCUAAUGGAAAAUGGUCACAAGGCUGCGUUCUUGGCCGCGGCGCGUUGGCUUUUGAAGAACCAAGAUCAGAAAGGCGGAUGGGGGAUUCCAGUGAAGCGAAAACUCAAAACUGGAGCGGAACUGGAGCCAGGCUGGUACUCCGCGAUGGCCCAGGGACAAGCAUUAUCCAUCCUAACUAGAGCAUACCAUGUUACCAAAGACUUGGAGUACCUGAACGCCGCAAAACGCGCCACUGCAUUAUUUCACGUGAAAUCAAAAGACAAUGGAAUCUUAGCUAUUUUUAUGAAUAAAUUCAAAUGGUACGAAGAGUACCCAAUGACGCCAUCACUUUUUGUUCUUAACGGCUUUUUGUACUCGCUUAUGGGACUCUACGACUUGAAGAUGACCCUACCUUCAGAACAAAGAAGCGAAGCCGAGGGUCUGUUUAAAGAUGGAAUGACAUCGCUAAGAGCUAUGAUUCUAAUGUAUGAUAGUGGUUCAGGGACCAUAUACGAUCUAAGACAUCUAACCAUGGAUGUUGAACCCAAUUUGGCCCGCUGGGACUACCAUGCCACGCACGUCAACCAACUGACUUGGGUGACCAUGAUAGAUAGCGACCCGUUUUAUAAGGAAGUGCUGAAAAGAUGGAAGGGAUAUUUUAAAGGCAUUAGAGCAAAACAUAACUGAGGCAUAGUUUUGCAAGUUGUUUUCAGUGUGAAGAAAAGUUUGUAAAGGACUGCUGGGAAACGUUUCCACUUCCCUGUUAACGCAAAUUUACUUCUCGUAAAAAAUUGUAUAUUGUCCGUCGUC